AUGGAGACCUCGUGGCCGAGCCCAUGGGGUGUGAAAACCAGUGGGUGCCUGCUUGGGAUUGGUGAAGUCUUGGGCAAGAAGCUGGAGGAAAGGGGCUUUGACAAGGCCUACGUGGUCCUUGGCCACUUCCUGGUGCUAAAGAAAGAAGAAGAUCUCAUCGGAGAACUGCCGAAGGACACAUGCAGUGCCGAUGCCAAGCAGUCCCUGCGCUGCUUCGGGUGCCUUCGAGAGUGA